AUGUUCCUUAAACGAAAGAGCGCCGCACGCUCUGCUACAGCUGCCGAGCCUGUCUCCGAGCCUACCACCGAGCCUGUCUCAUCCGCGUCCAAUCAGGAGAAAGCGAAGCCCGGAGCUUCUGAUAAAGACAAGGCGAAAGGGUUUCGUGCCGCUGUAUUCCCCGUCGCUGUAAUCGAAACCGACGAGGAGGAAAACGAAUCUUCCGACGACGGGACAGCACUACGGAAUGUGACUAAAUUGGAUAGCGUGUUCGCGAAGCAACCCUCGACCGCACCAGUCGCAGCACCAGUCGCAGCACCAGUCGCAGCGCCAGUCGCAGCACCAGUCGCAGCAGAAGCACAGCCGACGAAAUUGACCCCAGCAGCAUGUACGAAGCUUCCACCACCUGCUCCUUCUCCCGGCAAGCAGCCCGUCAGCCAGCCGGUCGACAUCAAGCAGCCGGCGACGGCCGUCCGUAACCGUCAGCAGAACCGUCCGAUCUUCCAGCGGCCGGUUCUGGACACGAUCCCGUCCGCACAGGAGCUGGAAAGCGGCGAGCCGCUAUUCUCGCUCUCCCUCACCAACAACCCAGUAACCUCCCCUCCGACUGUUACCACUUCCGGCGGUUCGUCUUUCUCCUCGUUCAUCCUCUCCCUCGUCACGCCACGUGGCAGCCAGAGACCCGCGUCGUCUGCUACCGCUUCGUCCCAAUCCGCCGCAUCGUCUGUAUACUCACUUUCUGAUUCCGAUGCGGAUUCGGACUCUGAGGAGGAGAGCGAGGGAGAUGGGGACGAGGAGCGCGAGGGAGAGGAGGGUGGGGGAGGUGAAGGGGAAGAGGGUGAUGGGAGCUGGAGCAAGCUGGCGUCUGUUGGCAAGUCCGUGAGCUUUGAAGGGAGGAAGACGGGGGUUCAGAGCGGUGGAGCUGGGUUCUGGAACCGGAAGAGGUGGCUGUCGUUCUCCCCUCGCUCCGCCUCCGCUGCUCGGGCGUGUGUGCGGGCUGUUGCUUCUGCGGACGGUGGUAAUGGUGAUGGUGGUGGUCGUGGUGCCAAGUGUGUCAAGUCCACGCCUUCCUCUUCUUACACGUCUCCUUCGAUGCAUCUCGUGACGAGCCCCGACGCAGCCUCGGGGUCCGGUUCGGCAAGCUCUGCUCCGGCUGGAGGCUCGGAAGGAGGUUCGGAUGCAGGUUCGGGAGGGACAUUCGGUGGUGGUUUGGGAGCGGGCGGCAGGAUAAAAUCUGGAGCGAGGAUGGGGAUGCUAUCCAGAAGCAUGUCGGAACGACUGCCGCCACUCACUCCGCUGGCGACUGUGCUGGACUGCGACAUGCCGCUGACGUGGACUGCCAGCCUGGACCCGGAUUUAUGGGCGGUUCCGGAGCACGGGCCCCAUGUGGGUGGCGGAACGACGGGCCAGUGUAGCAACUGUGAUAGCUGGCGAGGCGAGAAGAUAUGGCGUGAAGAAAAGGACAAAGACGACAAGUUGGCGGCACGCCGGCCACGCAGCAUUGUGUUGCCGGCCAGGAAUGUGACGGGUCCUGCUUCUGCCCCCGUAGCAGGGGAUGCUGCGGUGGCGUCGCCGCCAGCUGUCACGUCGCCAGCUGUCACGCCGCGAUUGCCUGAGCUGACGGAGGAGUCGUUUCUGCUGUCGGAGGCGACACGUGCGGCGGUGUUCAAGCACCUACCUGCCACAGUCAGCAGUCACAAAUGGGUGGUAUCAGACACCGCAGGAACAGUCUUCGGCGCCUUCUCCUCCCCCUCCGCGCUCACCCCGUCCGACCGGCGCAAGUACCAGGGCAGCAACCACUGCUUCGUCUUCUCCGACAUCUCAGGCUCCCCCACGGUGCAUGCAGCGACUGGGCGCAACCACUACUACGUGCUGCCCACCCACGACUGCCUUGCCUUCGGAGGCGGUGGACGCUUUGCCCUGCGCCUGGAAGAGGACCUGCUGUCGGGCUCCAGUGGCGAGUGUGACACCUUCGCCAGCCCAUGCCUGGCGGGGAAAGAGGACUUCUUGUUGAGAAAGCAGCAGUGCGUCUGUUGCUAUAAGCGCUGCUCGUCAGGCGUUCCUGAGUCUGCUGCUGCAGCUGCGCCGCUCUGUUGGUGGGGGAGAGGGGGGAGGGGGUGUUUGGUGAAGCUCCCCCUUCCUCUCCUACCUCGCUCCCCUCUCCCACCUCGCUCCCCUCUCCCUUUCCAUCCCCCCACUUCUCCACUUCCCCCCUCCCAAGCAGACCCUUUGGAAGUGCUGGAGAGCAAUGGGCAGUUUUAUCGUCUCAUGGCCUUGGGGAGAGCUUUGCCUUCCCUUUCCCCUCCGCGCCCCUUUCCGCUCCCCCAUGUCUCCCUUCCCCCCCCUUUCCCCCCCUUCCCCCCUCCCCCCCCCCCCUCACAAGCAGACCCUCUGCGUGUGCUGGAGAGCUAUGGGGAGUUUUACCGCCUCAUGGCCUUUGAGGAACAUUCCAGGUAG